AUGUCAGAUGUCUCGGAUUCAAAUCCCGGCAUGACCAUUGGAUAUGCACUGCUGAUGAGCUCUAAUCAGAGCGAAACUCGAGUCCAGUGCUUCCCUUUGGUGUCGACUCAUCGGAAUAAUUACACCAGACCGUUCAAACGAGAGUGGUGUGACUAUGAACAAAAUACCUAUCCCACAAACGCGUAUAUGUCCGCAUGUUCAGUGGUGAAAAUUAAGAUGCUUCUAGCGUGCGAUGAUGAAAUAGGAGUAACAGGCCCGCCUCGAAUGUCAGAUGUGAGGAGUUCAAACCCCGGCACGACCAAUAAUAUGCUGAUGAGUGCGU